AUGUCGGGCAAUCACUUUCCAUUGAGAGAUUUCGCGGUCAGGAAAAAUCCUGCCGUCCCUCCUGAAGAUGGGCGGAGGCCUGACAAAGGAGCGAGGGCAGAUGAUUUGGCAUCAGGUAAAAGUACUGCGUUGGGUGGAAGACCGACAAAAGAAAGGAAAAUCGCUCUGCUAGGGUUUUGCAUCCUGCGUUCCCUGGCCGCCUCCCUUUCCUCCCCUCCGAGGAGGAUCUCCGUUGGGAUGUCCUCCUCUACUCUCCCUCCGCUCCUCCCACAUCCUUCCGCUCCUUCCUCUUCUGUUGGUUUACCCAGAGAUUGGAAGAGCCUCAUCGCCACCCAGCCGCUUGUAUCGAAUGAGUUCACCUCUUCGAUCUCGCAUCAUCCGACCGAAAACGCCACCGCUCAUUUCACUUCUGCAAAGUUCAACGCCGGAAGUACUGAGUGGGCUCUCUCUCUGGUCGGAUAUUCCAUCGGUCGUCGACCAUAUUAUGAAGCCCUACUUUCUACUAUCAAAAAAACAUGGUCGCUAAAGGGUACGCUCUCUUUGCUGACCCUUGAUGAGGGAUUCUUCCUUCUUAAGUUCAACAACAGGGAGGACUAUGAUAUGGCCUGGACGGGUGGACCCUGGUUCUUUUUUGGCAAGCCUUUCAUCUUGCAAAAGUGGACGCCGGAGUUUGUUCCUGUCCGUGAAGAGUUCCCGUCAAUACCUCUCUGGAUCAAAAUAAAAAACUUUCCCCUUUCUUGUUGGACGCCGGAAGGCAUCUCAAAGAUUGCAAGCUGUGUUGGUAUUCCACUGGCGGUUGAUGCGCUCACGGCAGCAAAAACUAGGCUCACCUUUGCCAGGGUGUGCGUCCAGGUUUGCAGUAACUCUCCUCUCCCUGAUGAGAUUUAUUAUACCGUUGAUGGUAAAGUCUUCCCUCUCUCUGUUCUAUAUGACUGGAAGCCAACUCACUGUUCUUUCUGCAAUUCUAUUAUGCAUGCAUCCAUUGCAUGUCCAAAAAACCCUAAUCCCCAACCACCUAAGGCCGAACCUCCAAAAACUCGUGGUAGAAGCUCAAGCCGCAAACCACGUAAUCCUAACCCAGCUCCUAGACUUAAUAUUCCCAAACCUCCUGCAAACCCUUUACCGGAACCUAUUGAACAACCUGCGGCCCCAAUUGCCCUGCCUACCACUUCAACUUCCUCUUCCCAAGCUCUGGUGCCCAACCUCAAUAACCCAACAACUGAAUCUCCUCCUAUAUCCCCGAUUUCCAAACAUAAACCUGCAUCUAUUUUAGACGAUGUUCCCCAAAAGUCUACACAUAUUGCCAUUACCAACAAAUUUGCUAUUUUGUCUGAUCAAAAUGAUCAUAAUUCUACCCUGAUCCUCAACUGUGAUACCUUCCCUUUCCCUUCUCAUGAUCAGCCGAUUGACGCGGGUGGAGGUUCAGCUGGCAGUUCCAAAUCUCUCCUUCAAACAUCUCUAACAGUUGGUUCCUUUCUAACCACCGCAUUUUUCCCUUGGAGGGUUCCUAUGAUAACUUUGACUAUGCCUCUCCGGGCAGAAUCUGGCUUAAAUGGAAUACUAACACUAUUUAAUCAUGAAAAAGCUGGAGGAUUGGCUCUCCAGGACAAUAAGCUCACAGAUUUUCAAAAUCUUAUUUAUAACAUUGGGGCCCAUGAGCUUUCUUCUGUGGGACACUUUUUUACUUGGUUUAAUCAGAGAACUGAUAACCCCAUCCAUAUCAAGCUUGAUAGGAUGUUGGUUAAUGAUGCCUGGCUGGAUAGAUACCCUAACUCUUUUUAUACUGUGGAUGACCCUUACAUUUCGGAUCACUCUCCUAUUGUGGUGCAGCAGGGUGUUAAUACUAACUUGAAACAUCGUUUUCAGUUCAAAAACUAUUGGGUGUCCAAACCGGAAUUUUGGGAUGAGCUCAUUUCCACUUUUUCUCAGAAAUUUCACAGCAGCCCUAUCCACUCUUUCUAUCAUAAGCUCAAGACCUUGAAGCUUAAGAUCAAAUCAAAGAGUUGGGCCUCUUCCACUUCUUUGAAGAGAGAUAUUAAUGAGCUAAACCAAAAACAAAAUACCAUCUAUUCCCAGCUUCAAGUCACUCCCCUGGACCCUGAACUCAACCAGGCUCUAAAGCUUAUAAACCAAAAACUUGCUGAUAGAAAUGAGGAGUGGGCUGAUUGGACUAUCCAACGGGCUAAAGCUAAAUGGAUGACUUGUGGGGAAGAUGAUCUCAAAUUUCUCUAUUCCAAAAUCAAUGUGAGGCAUAACUUCAACCUUAUUAAAGCCAUUUCCACGGGUAAUGGUAUCCUAAACAAUCACAAUGACAUUUCUCUUGCUAUCAUCCAACAUUUUCAAAUACUUUUUAACACCCCUUCCCCUACCUCUAACAAUAGACACAAAGCUCCAACCCUUAACAAACUUCCCACUACCCUUAUUCCGCAACUGGUUGGCCCCAUUUCAGUGGAUGAAAUCAAGAAUGUUAUAUUUUCCUCCCCCAAUCAUUCUACACCGGGCCCAGAUGGUUAUACUUUUGAAUUCUAUAAGUCUUCUUGGCAUAUCAUUGGCAGGCAACUGUGUGAAGCUAUUUGGUCCUUCUUUAACACGGGAACUCUUCCUAAGCAAGCCAAGGCUACGGCCAUUGUGCUUAUUCCUAAAAAGCCUCAUGCCAACAACAUUUCAGAUUAUAGGCCUAUUUCCCUUUGCAACACGUUUUACAAGAUUAUAGCCAAAAUUCUUGCCAACAGAUUGAGAGAAGUUAUGCCUUACAUCAUCCAUCCUAGCCAAGCUGGUUUUAUUCAUGAAAGGAUUAUUUCGGAUAAUGUCUUGCUUGCUUCAGACAUUCUCUUGGAUUUCAAUGUUAAGGAUAAAGAGAAAAUGUUUUGUGCUAAGUAUGACAUACACAAAGCAUUUGACACAAUCUCUAGGGAUUUUAUCAUUAACCGAAUGAUUGAUAAGGGCUUUCCCCCCCUCUUUAUCUCUUGGAUCAAGGGCUGUAUUUAUGAUAUACAUUUCUCGGUUGCUAUCAAUGGUGCUCUUGAAGGGUUCUUCAACUCUACCUCUGAUUUGAGACAAGGCUGUCCACUGUCACCUUAUCUAUUCUGCCUGGCCAUGGAUAGUCUCUCGGAUUUAUUUGAGGAGGCUGCUUCUAAUCAUUCUUUCCAUGGUAUUAAUACUGGUAAUGUCUCCAUUUCUCAUCUACUUUAUGCAGACGAUUUGCUUGUCUUUGGCAGGGCUUCUAUCCAUAAUGCCCUAUCUCUUAAUAACAUUCUUGAGGACUUUGCUGCUAUCUCGGGUCUUCAUGUCAAUCCCUCCAAGAGCACUCUUCUAAUAUCUAACAACGUGCACAAUGAAGAAGCUAUUUCUGAAACUUUGAACAUUCCUUUAGUCCACUCUGCCUUCAAAUAUCUAGGCAUUCCCAUCUUCAGUAAGAGACUUAAAAAAUCUGACUUUCAGCCCCUCAUUCAAAAAAUUCAAGUCUCUCUUGAAGGAUGGAAAGCUAGAAAUUUAUCCUUGGCUGGUAGAUUUCAAUACCUUAAGCAUACUAUUUUCAACAUUUUGGCGUAUUGGAUUAGAAGCACUAUUAUUCCUAAAGGCUGUAGUAAGGUGAUUAACAGCAUGUGCUCUAAAUUUUUAUAUCAUGGGGACAUUCAUAAAAAGAAACUUCAUGUCAUAUCUUGGAAGAAUACUUGCUUGCCUAAACAUUGUGGGGGUUUAGGCCUUCCCACCAUUGAAUCUCUUUACUACGGUUUUGGCUGUUCUCUAAUCUGGAGGUUUUACAACUCUAAAAGCUAUCUAUUUAAGUGGUGGAAGGCUAAAUAUAUAUCCUUUUGGAAUUCUGAAAUUAAGAAAAAGGGAAUUUUCUGGAAUUUCAUAUGUGGGGUGGCUGCUAAAUUACCGGAUUCCUUUCAUUUUAGCCUCAAUGAUAAUUGCUCUCUUACCUUUUUCUGGGAACCUUGGUGUUUUGGUUCCUCGAUUGCUGAUAGACUAAAAAUGGAAAAUUUGGAUCAUCUGAUCUACCCCCAUAAUUUGGCUAUGAACUCUGUUCUGAAGAAUGGAAUUUGGCUUCUCCCUCAAACAUUACCGUCUCACAUUGUGGAAAUUAUUAAAAAGGUGCCUAUAUCUGGUAUUGAGGGGGAUUGUCACUGGACCAAUAAAUCCAAACCUGGUUUUAAAACCUUUCAUAACUGUUUCUUUUCAGACAUUCAGGCUGUUCCUUGGCACAAAUUGGUAUGGCAUAAGCACUAUGCUUUACGUUUUUCCCUUUGCACCUGGAUGGUUUUUAAAAAUGGGCUUAAAACGGCUGAUAAUUUGAUUCUAAGGGGGCUUACUGUUAAUCCCACUUGCACUUUUUGCAACACAUCUGAGGAGAAUCAUAUGCAUCUGUUCUUUGAAUGUGAUUUUACAUUCAAUUUGCUUCUUAAACUCUUUCCCUACAUGAAUUGUAUGCUAUUAAGGCCGAAUCUUGCUCAACCCGGAACGACAGGAUAUUUGGCAACUCUUUUGACUGUCUAUCUACCAUUUCUGCCAAGAUCAAAAGGGCAGUUCUUCAAAAAACUGUUAAAUGGACAUAACUCUACUUUGGUUAUCUGCAAUGUCCACCAUUCUGUUUCGGUGGAAGCUGGAUUGGUUCUUGACCCUGCAGCUACUCGGGCAAACUCUGGAAGCUCUUUUUUUAGUGCUGAUAUGGUUUUGAGGUCUGCCACCGGUUUGUGGUGA